UCACUCUCUCUGGUGCGUGACGUAAUUCAAACCCUCCAGCGGGACAGCCACCUUUCCUCUGUAAAACUACUUUAACAUGGAGUUUGACGAGAGCCUCAUAAUCCAACUUGCACACGCUGCAAAGAUGGCCUCAGAGACGGAACACAAGCAGCGCAUGACUCUCCACUGUCAGCAGUGCAACGCUGUCCUGGGGGACUCCCUCGGCAUAUGUGGGGAAAUUAAAAGUCUGGACUCUAUCGUGUGUAUAAGAGUAACCGAUGAUGUGGUCAUCAGUGAUGCCAUGGAGUCAGGACAUAAAGGGGAAAUGGCUAGUUGCAUCUACAGUUCUCUAAAAUGUCGCGCCUGCCGCUGUGCUGUGGGGAAAGUCAUUCACUCUGCCCCGUCGCGUUUGUCCACGGUUCGCUCCAUGUUUCUCCUCCACAAAGCAAACAUCAGUUGUUAUAUCCUCAACCGCAGCUCAAUGGUGACAGCGUCCUCACUGUCAUUUGAACUGAAGCCCCUCAGAGAAAGCAUGAAUAAGGUGAGGCAGCAGUUUGAAGCGCAGUUGGAUCAGAUGUCACGCAUUAAGAGCAGACUGGCUGACAGGAGUGUUAACAGUGAAUUUGUCAAGUAGUGUGCAGAGGCAACUGGCCUUUACCUCGUCAAUGUGUUCUCUACUCUGUUCUUAAAUCCCUCUUGUUGACUAGUUUGCGUUGUAAAUAGUUUCUUCUCCGUGUUUUGCGUUUCCAUUAAACGUUUUUUGAUGA